AUGGCAUCAGAGAACUAUUCCUGGAAAGACAAGUACGACUCCCUAUUCAAAGUGGUGCUCAUUGGGGACACGGGUGUGGGGAAGAGCAACCUGCUGGACCACUUCACCUACAAUGAGUUCGACCUAGAGAGCAAAAGAACUAUUGGCAUGGAGUUUGCCACCUUCAGCAUCCAGGUGAAUGGCAAGACCAUCAAGACCCAUAUGUGGGAUUCAGCUGGCCAGAAGCACAACUGCACCAUCACCACUGCAUACUACUGGGGUGCAGAGGGUAUGCUGCUGGUACACAGCAUCACCAAGCACCUGACAUAUGAAAAUGUGGAGUACUGGCUCAAGGAGCUGGGGUACCAUGCUGACAGCAACAUUAUCAUCAUGCUGGUGGACAACAAGAGUGACCUGUGCCAUCUGUGGGCUGUGUCCACUGACAAGACCCAUUCUUUAACAGAGAACAACUUGUGCUUCAUCCAGACCUCAGCCUUGGAGUCCACCACUGUAGAGGAAGCUUUCAGGAAUGUUCUCACAGAGAUCUACCACAUCGUGUCACAGAAGCAGAUUGCAGACCACUUGGCCCACAGAGAGUGCCAUGGAAACAAUGUCCACGAGGAAUCCCCUGGCAACAACGUGGUGGAUGUCAGUGUGCCACCCUCUACCAUAGGACAGAAACCUAACCAGCUGCAGUGGUGCCAGAACCCGUGAGUGCCCCAGGCCUCAUCCUAGUGUGUGUGCACAUCCUCAACCUUCAUUCAUCUCUAACUGUGAUGUUUCCCCUGAUCUGACCCUCUCUGUCUCUCUGACUGACUUCCACCCUUGCACUAAGCUCUGCACUCUCAGCUGGGGUUUAGGAACAAGAGGAGUCAAGCAGCACCUAUUCUCUAUCUUUCUUUACCAAGGGGUCAGCCAACAACUGUGUAUUCUUCGAGGAGCCAAUCAGAACCUUCAUAAAGGGUUUGUGAGCUCCAGGACAAUGUUUCAGAAGGGCUAACUUUCAAGAGCAACAGCUGGUACCUUCAGGGUGGCACAGACCCCUUUAACAGCACAACAUUUUAGAGGCACAUGGCAGGUCCAUAAAACAUGGACACUCUGACUUCCCGCCAAGGUGGAGGCGUAGGUGGAUACACCCUGCCUCCUAUACAACCAAAAGAAGGAAACAACAAAUUUAAAAACAAAAAUCCACCAGAAGUGGCAGAAAAUUGAACUGUAUGGAAGU